CGAUAGAAGCAGCAAAAACAUAGUCUCACACAAGCGCUUGAUUUCACCUCAGCUGAAACUCAUAAGUGCUUUUACAUAUUUAACUUCAUUACUGUGCUAUUUUGAGGGCUUACGAACAAAAUAGACGACUUAAUACACCAAAGAAAUUCUCAUCUCUGAGCUGGGAUCGGCUGUGCCCUCAUCAAGCUUACCUGAGGGCCUCCCGGUGUCCAGUUUGGCCCUUCUGAUCCUGGUGCUCAUUCCCUGCGUCCUUCUGCUCCUGCUGCUCAACUGCCUGUUCGUGGGAUACAAGCUGUUCCGCAUGGCCCAGAGGAAGAGGGACCGCUUCGGGUCGGAAAUCUCGCUCAUGCACUCGUCGUUUUCCACCCGCCAGAGAAUCACCCGCUUCUCUGAUGAGCCUCUGUUCGCUCCAAACAGAAAGACCAACUACGUCUCGGUCUCGGAGCCGAUGCUGGCGCCUCCCAUAACCUCGUCCCUGACCUCCUCAGCGGAGAGAAGGGCCACCGGGCAGCGCGCCAGGUUUAUUCGCCCGAAUAGGGCCACUUACGCCGGGUCCGAGUCUCUGCGUGUGCCGAACGUGAGGACGAGCGCCCCGGUUCUGCUGCAGUCCAGUGAUUCGGACACGGAGCGGGUCAACACGGUGCCACCGAACUCACCAGCACUGCAUGUGACUCCCAAUGGGUUCUCAAUGCGGAUGACUUCCAUGCGAAGCAGCACCAUGGAGCUGGAGAGCGCUCCUCCGGAUAAGAUCCAUGUGGAAUGCGAGUCUGCCAGCAUCAUCCAGUUGGAGAACUUCUGCUAUGUGGCGUCAUCAAGCCCCUCGGCUAGGGGUUCAGGACUGGACAGUGACUUUGGAGCCAGUGCAGGUGUAUCUCUGCGUAUCCUUUCUAUGGACAGUGAUGGUUUCCCGGGCUCUGCCUGGGCGUCCGUUCUGGAAUGGGAUUACUACGACCCAAGUUACGUCACUCAGAACCACGUCCCAAAGCACAGACCUCACGCACCCCCCAUCACUACCAAACAGUACUGGGUCUAGAGCCCGAGCUGCAUAGGGAGAGCCUGAUGAACACCAGAACAAGACUCGAUUCAGCCAUUCUCAUUCUAGAACUUCAGUUGAGCCGAGUCUAGAUUUCUGUCUGGGUUUAGUGCACU